UAGAAAAUGGCUGCCAGUUUAUUUUGAGAGAGCGGUGACGAAGUCGGAAGUAGGCAAACUUGCCGACAGCAAAAGUGACUCCAUUUAGUAUUCAUUACUUUGUUUUAAAAAGUAGAUUCCUUUUUUAGUCGCUGCCUCCCGUUUUAUGAAGUAGAAUAUGUGCGGUUGCUGAAAUAAAGGUCGCAUUUUUGGGUUCUUUUUGAAGUAGUAAAGCUGUGUUGAAAAUGAAAGAAACAUAGUCAACACACGAAUGAAUGAACAAAAUGCGUCAUCAAUUGACCAGACAAUAAAUCAGUAAAAUUGAUAAUGAUUUAGCACACAGGAGGAAUAUUAAAAAUCCUACACUAGUUAAUCGUUGCUGCAUUUGUGGUUUUUGAUGGAUAUAGCGUCAACACCGAUACUUGGAGCUACCAUGCAGUCUACGGGUAGCAAUGCCGCCGCGACCACCAACAACACAGGCAACAGUAGCACUCCAACUACUGGCAGCACAACCACUGCCGUUAGUGGCACCAGCAGCCGUUCAAGUAGCUCACGGCGACACAGGUCUCGCUCACAUCAUGGCCACCACCGUCAUCGCAGUCGGAGGCGUCGUCAUAACCCGAAGAGGGCCGAGCGUAAUUUAGUAGCCGCCAUUCUGGGAAUGAUCGUCAUAGCCGUUUUGAUUUCGUCGUUAGCUGAGCAGAAGUGGUUCCGGCUGCACGGGGGCCUCUGCACACAUACUUAUAUUGGAGCGUACCAGUUUUUAACGCCGGAUAUAGAAAAUAGUUCAGACUACAAGAAAUGUGUUAAUACCCAAGUAGUGACCAUCAUGCGAUCAGUCAUAGCCUUCAUCUUUUUGUCCAUCACCUCCUCCCUGUUUGCUUUCUUCCUGGACACACUCGGACCAAUGAAAGUCAGCCUUAGAUUCGUUAGACGUCAUGCAAUCGGAAAUAUUAUUGCAGUGCUGAUGUGCUUAACAAUGAGCGGAUUCUGUUACUGGGCGGCGGCCGAGAUGGAAAAGACCCUGACCCUUAACAAGAAAGCCGAAGGAAGCAAGGUCAUUGUGUCCUUUGAGGUCGGGUACUACCUCAUCGUGGCGUCGGGGGCGCUCUCCGUCAUCAUAGCAGCCACCAAUCUCCUGCGUCCGUACUCGUCGUACGAUGAGGAACCUCCGAGAGAAAGGCUCAUGGACGACUGGGACCAACUCCUCGAGGCUGAAUUGGCGAAUAUGCCAGCUGGACCACCCUUUGCAAAUCUACCUGAACCACCAGCCUACACCCCCUAGUACAUGUAAACACCAUAUAGCUUUAUCCAUUGUCUUUAUAACAUGAAGGGAUGGCACCAAAAUUACAGUUUUUCAUGCUGUAAAUUCGUUUUUUACACUGGGUUUUUGAGAAGUAUAGGGUUUGUUAAAUGACAUAUUGAUAAAUAGUCCUUCCGAAAUUAUGGUAGUUUGAAGUUGUUAAAGGCAUUGUACACGUUUGGUAAUUUGUCAAAGACCAGUGUUCUCACUCGGUGUAUCCCAUAAUAAGCAUAA